GUCAAGAUCGUCUUCGCCUCGAUUCAUAGCCAAUUGGAUUCUGUCAUUCGGAACAAUUCUUAGUUCUGUAAAAUUUCUUCGUAAAACUAUUCCAAUAAACCAGUGAAAAUGUCCGCACCCGCUCUGCCAGCACCAGUGAACGUUUCCCCAUUGAUCAGGUUCGGUCGUUGGGGCCUCCUCUCUGCCGGCAUCCUCUACGGCAUGUUCCACCAGAACAGGCUCUCCAAGAAGGAGACUGCCUUCAGGGAAAUUGAGGGCAAACAGAAGGUAAUCCGCGAUGCUCAAUUGGCUGCCGAAAAGAAGCUGGCCUCCGAGAGGGAGAUGAAGAACUUGGAGGAUAUGAUGACCACAAAGAAGUAGAGCAUCGAUUUGUAACUAAUUAUUAUAUCGUACAUAAGAAUAAAAUGUAGUAAAAACACAGUAAUCCAUAUCUAA